CAAAUUCAGAAAAUGUACGGAGUUUUACAAAACUGGUUAAUUAACUAUACAUGGUCACGCCCAUAUUUUUAUUCCCCGCGCCCGACUUUGUCAGCCAAUUUGCUGUUGGUUGUUGUAGCUGAGACUAUCUUUUUAUCUUCUUUUUUAAUGUAGUUAUGUCUGCAAGUGAUGCGCUAACAGUCUGUAAUGUAUUCUGGGGGAACAGAUUAGCCUCUCAGCCUCACUUACCUCACCAUGCAAAGCUUAACUUCACCGCCUUCUGGCCUGACAAGAGAACAUUCAUCGAGCUCUAUCGAUUGACUACAGACUCUGAGCGGCUCCUUGAUGAUCUCGUGAAGCUUUUACUGGCUAGUCACACGAUAGAACCACUCCAGGCGCUUUUAUCUGAAGGAUUACUAAAAUGGGAUCAAAAGUUUCCUGGCAACAUGUCAUUUGCUCAUUUGGUAUGUGCACUUAAUCCAGUUGCUCUCCUACAAUUGUUAGUUAAUUAUACACCAGAGGCUAAUGGAACUUGGACCACUAAAGACAAUAAAGGUCGUGACCCAUUGAGCGUCUGUUUUGAUUCUGAUUGUCGUAAAUUUGUAGCUAAAAAUGUGAAGGGACUAAAUAAUAAAAAGAACAAAAAUCAAAAUUCACCUUUAUCAUUGACAGAAGAAGUAAAGAAUACAUUGUUAUCAUUAGCAAGUGCCCCUGAAGGAUUAUAUGAUUUAGCUAUUUUAAUACAAAUGUAUGCUGUUAAUGUUAACGAAGUGAAAGAUGACGAAGGAAAUUCAUUGCUUCACUUGGCAGCCCAAGGAGGGCUACCUUGCCUCCCUCAAUUGUUUUAUCUGAUCCAAUUCUGUUGUGGGGAUAUCAGUAAUGUGAUCAAUGAACUGAAAAUGACACCUGCCUGCUUAUCAGCUAAACUGGGCGAUGAGAAGAUAACAGACUUAUUGAUUUGUGUUUUUGGUGUCAGCGUACACAGCACUGACCUAUUGUUGGGGUGGUCUUUAUUGCAUUAUGCAGCUAGAUACGGACACUCAGAAUUAAUAAGGAUUUUACUGGACAGAGGUGCUGAUCCUAAUCAAGAAGACAUCAGUAAAUGCAUACCUAGUUUCUUGGCUCAGAGACACGGCCACAAUGACUGCUAUCGUAUUCUAAUGCAGCACGUUAGGGACAGAAUUGAAGACUUAGCACGAAAAGCCACUGAAGGCACAUUGGUAAUAAACGAAUUGAGUCCGUCUGAUAUUUGUGCUGUUACUGCUGACGGAUUUACAUUAUUAAUGAAAGCAGUGAUUGGUAAUAGAACUGCAACAGCGCGUGAGCUUUUAAAGUUUGAAUGCUGUCCUAAAGACUUUAGACAAAUGAAAUUACCAGAUACCUCAUCAUUGGAGGAUAGUACUGGUUUACCAACUGUACCACACCAUAUUGAACAAUCUUUAAAAACAGCUGUAACCCUUGCAGCUGAAAACGGAUUUACAGAAUGUCUACAUGUAUUACUCAAUGGUGGGGCCCAUCCUGCUAUAGCAGACAGUCAGAAUUGGCUACCAAUUCAUUAUGCAAGCUCAGGUGGUCAUAAAGAAAGUGUUAAAGCAAUUGUGUCGCAUCCUAAAGGACUGACAGGCUUAAAACUGGCCAUCAGUUUGGCUGAAUAUAAUGGACGCUCAGAUAUUGUUAGCAUUCUUAACACUGCCUUGGAAAAGCGUCAGAGAGAUAUAGUUACGCCUACAUUGUUUGAAAUUGCUGUUGAUGGCGACAAAGAUCUCUUGUAUCAGCUACUUGAAAAUGGCGAUGAUGUCAAUCCUACAAAUGAAUUAUCAGAAUGGCCACUGUAUAAAGCAGCCUCAUUUGGACACAUUGAGGUCAUUAAGAUGCUUUUUGAGCAUGGAGGUAUAGUUGUACGCCACAAUAGCCUUAAUCUGAACAGUCCGCUCCACCCAGCUGCUUUAGGGGGACACUAUGAAGUACUAGUGUUUCUAUUAGAACAUUGUUCCAAAGAUGCCUCCUCAUCAAGUGCCGAGUAUUUGGAUAUAAAUGAAAAGAAUGGAGCUGGGUCCUCUCCACUAGAACUAGCAAUGUCACACGGGCAUAGCAAAGUGGUCCAGUUGCUGUUGGAUAAUGGAGCCAUUACAACAUUGCCUGACUCCACUGGACGGCUAUUAACUUGCAAUGCAUUUGGCGGAAUACAGUUUCUAUUAGAGAGUCAUCGGAAGCAGUUAAUGGACAGGGUAGUGAAGGCUUUAAAAGAGCAAAAGUCAUUGAAAGACUUUAAAUUAUUAUGGAAGUAUCCAAGUGAUUUCAAUAUCCGAGACCAUCACGGGGACACUGUUCUUAUGGUUGGGGCCAGAUAUGCUAAACCUGACGUGGUCGAGUUCCUAUUGCAAUCUGCUUCUCAAUAUAACAAUGACAUGAAAGUAGUAGUAUCAGCACCCACACCAAGAUUAAAGGGUCGUUCUAAUCACUCUCGUGAAUUCAAUUCGUCAAUCGAAGACAGCGUUCAUUCCGACAAUCCUUACGGCUACAUGAGGAGGCGUGAGUCUAUAGAUCAACUGCCACGCCCACAAACAUCACGAAAACAAUCAAACAGGAGAAGUGUUCGUAGCUCAAGGCAGUUUUUAAAUAGUCAUGAGACCAAUGGUUAUUAUGGUGGAGGAGGUCCUGUGAGUACUACAGAGGAAGAGACCAGUAGCGAUGAGUCUUUCAAUGAAGGACAGUACAUCAGGCUGAAUAAACCAAUCAGCUCUCAUGCCUAUGCAUCAUGCCCCAAAGGGAAUGAUGGCAUGCCCACUGGACACUGUACACCUUCAGGACUAGUUUGUUUGACUAGUACCAGAGAUGGUAUGACAGCACUGCAUAGAGCAGUCGAGGGGAAUCAGCAUAAAAUAAUCCCACUCCUUCUUGCUGCUGAUCCUAAAGUAGCCAAUAUUCAAGAUAGGAAUGGACGCUCUCCUCUUCAUCUCGCUUGUGAUCUUAAUUAUAAAAACUGUGUCAUUUCUUUAUUUAAUUAUCGUGGCAUCAUUAUCAACACUACACUUCGUGAUGUUUCAAACAAAUUAGCAGAAGAGCUUGCCCUUAACACAAGACUAAGAAACAGAGUUAAGAAAUACAGAGAAAAGCAGUUAAAAGACGCCCAUCCAGCCAGACGACCGUUACCACCAGAACCAAAAGCGUCUCCUAGCAUCAGACAAAAGCCGAGAAAAAUUCCACAUGCAAGUACACCUAACAGCAAUGGACACACCCCCAGACACACCCCUGGAUACACUCCUGGACACACCCCUGGAUACACCCCCGGACACACCCCUGGAUACACACCCUCUCGAUAUCAGUCACCUAUUCAUCCAGCUGUGAGAGAUGACCCCAGGGGAUCAAGACGCCAUCUUGAUUUUGUACCAGAGGACAGGCCACCUCACCUCCCCCACCCUUCCCUUGGACUCACAAUGGAGCAAGACAUGAGGAGACAAGGCCCAGAGUAUGAACCAGCUGGCAGUGUUUUAAACGUUGGUGGACCUGGGAGCGUUUAUGGAGACGGAAGUGCCUAUGGACGAGGUCCAGGGAGUGUCUAUCGAAAUGGGCCUGGUAGUGUUUAUGAACGAGGCCAAGGAAAUAUUUAUGAACGAGGUCCAGGGAGUGUCUAUGAACGAGGUCCAGGAAGCGUCUAUGGAAAUGGGCCCGGAAAUGUUUAUGAACGAGGACCUGGUAGUGCUUAUGAACGAGGCCCUGGUAGUGUAUAUGAACAGAGCCCUGGUAGCGUCUAUGGACGUGGCCCAGAAAGUGUCUAUGGACGAGGUCCUGGGAGUGUUCGCAGUGGUGAUGGCUAUAGAUCUGCUGAUCCAAAUAACUAUAGGCCUCAUGUGCCAAGAGGAAGACAUGCUGAUGACGAUGACCCAGGAUACAACAGUGUCUCUCCUCCUAAUCAUGGUGGAUCCCGUCCAGUGUUACCUCUUCCUUUCCCCUCCCAUGGUCCCUCUAGUGUAAUACCUGAAGUAUCAAUAUCUCCUACCAGUUCGAUGGAUCGUGUUGCAGUCUUGAGGGACAUUGCUCCUUAUGAUGAUGUCCCUGAUCACUAGUUUUAAAUGAUUUUUAACUUUUUGAAUUAAUGAUUUUUACGAUUA